CUUGAAGUUUCUAGCGGCGCUCAGGCCGCAGAGCCACAGAUAAGGUGUAUGAAGCCACUAGACACAAGUGCCGGGCCUGGGGACUCAAACUUCUGUCCUGGCGUCCACGCUGAGGCUUUUGCGACCUUCAUCGGUGCGACCUUCAAGCGGUGCUCGCUGGCCCCGCCCUGAGCAAGAUGCUUUCGGUGUUCCUGUUGGUGCUGCUGCUGUGCGGGCCUUCACAGUCUCUAACACCUACCCAAACCAAACCUGGCAUCUUUGGUGCUUCCAAUGCACCAAGCACCCCCAAAGCCCUCACCAAGCCCGACGGCACUUUCAGCACCCCAACCACUGCCGGCAACCCCAGUUUCCCAGACCUGCGAGAUCGCGCGAGAGCCCUGAUGAAAGACUUCCCGCUUGUAGACGGCCACAACGACCUGCCUCUUGUCCUGAGGCAAUUUUACCGGAAUGGGCUGCAGGAUGCUAACCUGAGAAACUUCACCCAUGGCCAGACCAGCCUGAAUAGGCUUAGAGAUGGCUUUGUGGGAGCUCAGUUCUGGUCCGCUUACAUACCAUGCCAGACCCAGGACCGGGAUGCCUUACGUCUCACACUGGAGCAGAUCGACCUCAUUCACAGAAUGUGUGCCUCUUAUUCUGAGCUGGAACUUGUGACCUCAGUUAAAGCUCUGAACAGCACCCAGAAAUUGGCCUGCCUGAUUGGUGUGGAGGGUGGCCACUCACUAGAUAACAGCCUGUCUGUGCUUCGAAGUUUCUACCAGUUGGGGGUGCGCUACCUGACGCUCACACACACCUGCAAUACACCCUGGGCAGAGAGCUCAUCUAAGGACGUCCACUCAUUCUACAGCAGCGUCAAAGGACUGACCAGCUUUGGUGAAAAGGUGGUGGCAGAAAUGAAUCGCUUGGGCAUGAUGGUUGAUUUGUCCCAUGUCUCCGAUGCUACUGCACGGCGGGCCUUGGAAGUGUCCCAGGCACCUGUGAUCUUCUCCCACUCGGCUGCCAGGGGUGUGUGCAGAAAUGCUCGGAAUCUUCCUGAUGACAUCCUGCGGCUUCUGAGGAAGAAUGGUGGCAUCGUGAUGGUGACAUUCUCUGUAGGAGUGUUGCAGUGCAACCCGUUAGCCAAUGUAUCCACUGUGGGAGAUCACUUUGACCACAUCAAGGCAGUCAUUGGAUCCGAGUUCAUCGGGAUUGGUGGAGAUUAUGAUGGCACUGCACAGUUCCCUCAGGGGCUGGAGGACGUGUCUACAUACCCAGUGCUCAUCGAGGAGUUGCUGAGGCGGGGCUGGAGUGAACAGGAGCUGCAAGGUGUCCUUCGAGGAAACCUGCUUCGGGUCUUCGGACAGGUGGAACAGGUACGGGAGAAAAACAGACGGCAACGUCCUUUGGAGGACAUGAUUCCAGAGGAGCAGCUGGACAGUGCCUGUCACUCCGUCUUGCCACAACUUCAUCAGAAACAGUAUCAAGGAGAGAACCAAUCAGAGACCUCAACACAUCAUACGCUCAAGUUAUCAUCCAAGUGUUCACACUCAAAAUCUUCUCCUUGCAUAGUGUCAUGCCUCACCAUUGUAACCUUUUUAGGCUUUAUUGUAUGACUUUGGUGAUCCAUGCAGUCCUCCCAGAUGUCAUUCUGGUACCCUGGAACCUCCUCUGCUUGUGCAGGGCAUU